GCAGGCCAGCUACCAUUGCCACCGAGACCCAAGUACCCUCGGUCCUCACUCUCCAAGAAAGCACUUGUUGCUACAGAUCACUCCGGAGGCAUACCCAUGGCGGUCGGCAAGCUUGCGGUGGUCGCCUUAGUGGCGUCGUCUCUCCUCAUGCUCAGCACCAUCAAGGCUGCCGGAUACGCUCCUGCACCUGCUCCCCUUGGGCCUCCUCCCCACAAGAUCGUAGACCCCUCCAAAGACUGCGGGGGGGCGUGCGACGUGCGGUGCAGCGAGAACAAGCGCAAGAACAUGUGCUCCCGGGCGUGCCUCAAGUGCUGCAGCGUGUGCCACUGCGUGCCGGCGGGCACGGCCGGCAACCAGGAGACCUGCGGCAAGUGCUACACGGACUGGACCACGCACGGCAACAGGACCAAGUGCCCGUGAACGGACGAGGCUCCGCGACACCGCAUAUGCAUGCCUGUGUCGUAUGUCUGUCCCUUCUAGAAAUCUUAGCUAGCUCUAGCUUGCUCAGGGUUGAUGUUGGUGUGUGUGUGUGUUACCUUCUUCGGAACCAGGCUCUUCCCCAUUUUUACUACCGGCGUGUUGGGGGUUCAUCUUGGUUAGGAAGGGUGUUUUGGCGAGCUGGUGCCUGUUGUUUUUCUUGUGUAAAAAUGAGUGUCUUCUACUGUAUGUCAUCAUGUUUCUCCUCUAAAACUUUAUGUGAUCAGUGCGCGGUUUGCGCAGUAACC